UUUUGAUUCGGUGGCAAAGCUCCCGCCAACGCGUUCUGUCAUUUAGUACGUCCUUUUGCUAGUCAAAAGUUUAUUUCUUUAUUAAAAAAAUGUCGAGUACAUCCCAAAAACAUCGCAAUUUUAUUGCUGAGCCCAUGGGGGACAAGCCCGUGACUGAAUUAGCAGGUGUGGGUGAAGUUUUAGGUAAACGUCUUUCGUCUGCCGGAUUUGACAAGGCGUAUGUGGUGUUGGGCCAGUUUUUGAUAUUGAAGAAAAACCAAGAGCUUUUCCAAGAAUGGAUGAAAGACACUUGCCAGGCGAAUUCAAAACAAUCGGCUGAUUGUUGGCAGUGUUUGAAAGACUGGUGUGAGGAGUUUUUGUAAAGUGGCUUGUAUAGUUUGAUGCUAAACACGUUUUAUUAAAAUAAGAUAAUACUUUACUAAUGUAAAUAUUUUUAUAAGUGAAAUAAUUUAGUUUAGCACAAAAAUUAUAUUAAAAACGG